AAUGCCACGUACUGGUUGACGUUGACAGUCUUGGAGGACACUUCCUGAUGCUGGCACCCGGGUCUAGCCGCUAAGCUAGCUAACAGAUUUUAUUUUCACGGUUUGGGAAAACCUGUGAAACUGCGUGGUCAAGUCGUCUGAUUGAGUGGUGGGAGCAGAAGAGGUCGGACGGCACCAUGAACGGCCAGCUGGACCUGAGUGGGAAGCUGAUCAUCAAAGCCCAAUUGGGCGAUGACAUCAGACGCAUCCCGAUUCAUAACGAAGACAUUACUUAUGACGAGCUAGUGCUAAUGAUGCAGCGUGUCUUCAGGGGAAAGCUGCAGAGUAAUGACGAGGUUGCCAUCAAAUACAAGGAUGAAGAUGAUGAUCUCAUCACCAUCUUUGACAGCUCUGACCUCUCCUUCGCCAUCCAGUGCAGUAGAAUACUCAAACUGACUUUGUUUGUGAAUGGUCAGCCACGGCCUUUGGAGUCUAGUCAGGUGAAGUACCUGCGCAGGGAGCUCAUUGAGCUCAGGAAUAAAGUCAACAACCUCCUGGAUAGCUUGGAGCCCCCCACAGAGCCUGGUCUGGCUGCUACAGCACCGUACAGUGAAGCAGUGGAUGGACGUGAAGGCAAAGUUUUGGCAGCAGACCACACAGUGAAACAUGCCACUCCAGUCAGUGCAGCCAGCAUGUCAGCCUUCGACCCAUUAAAAAACCAGGAUGAGGUCAGCAAGAAUGUCAUCUCCGCUUUUGGCCUGAGCGAGGACCAGGCCCCAGCUCCCCCAGCGGUUGCACCAGAGGAGCGCUCAGGAACCCCUGACAGCAUUGCCUCCUCCUCGUCUGCAGCCCCUCAGCCAGUGGUGCCCCCCCAACCACAGGCUCCCUAUGCAGGAGUACAACAGGGACCCCCAGCUGGCAUGGAUGGUCAGGUUUAUCAGCAGUACCAGGCUCCAGGUGGAUACCCGCCUCAGCAACCAGGUGCCCCACCUCAGCAGCAGCAGCAGUACAAUAUGCAAUACUCUGGAUACAGCACUCAGCCCGGUGCCCCUCAGCCUGGCCCACCACAGCCACAGCAGCAGCAGUUUCAGAACUACGCGCCUCCCUCCUCCCAGGCUCCAGCCUCCGGUCCAGCUCCGGCUCCAGCUCCGGGUUUCCAGGGUGGCCAGCAGCAGCCCCAUCCAACUCAGGGAGCCCAGCAGUAUCAAGGAGCCUUCCCUCCCCAAAACUAUACAUCCCAGGCCACCCAGCCUGCCAACUACAGCCUGCCGCCCAGCUCCCAGCCCGGCUCAGCGUACCAACCCCGCCCAGGAUACACCCCGCCUCCAGGCAACACUGUCACCCCUCCACCAGGAUCUGCUAACCCGUACGCUCGCAACCGCCCCCCUUACGGCCAGGGCUAUACUCAGCCAGGCCCUGGGUAUCGGUAAAAAAGGAUAGCGGAUGUUACUAAUCCUUACACACAUCCCAAACCCUUCCCCUGUGGGGCUCCAACUGUUUGGAGUGUGUGCAGUAAACAUGGUUUACUGCUCUGCACCCCCCCCCCCCCCCCCCCCUCCCGUACAAAUAUCAAGUCCAAAUAUGAAACAAGCAACCCCACCCGUCUGAUGGUUAUUGUUUGUAUGCUGUCUCUUCAACACACCACUCUACUCUGGCCCUGGUGUAUGUUCCUUGUGUUGUUUUCCCCUCUUCUCCUGUCACAUCACCAAUGUCUGCUCUGCCCUCUUGUAUCCAUAAACAUGUAACCGGUCUGUAUGCACACACCUGGGUAACCAAAACAGGCUGUUGCACAAACAGUUUAUUGUUCUUUUCAUGGUAACGCUUCAUUUUGCAAGUGAGGUCAGCAUCCGUAUUCUGCGUUUGUGUCUUACAUGUCAAUGACCGAGAUCUCAACCGCUUGUGUUGAGUUAACUAUGUAUAGAUGCAUUUAUAAGACGCUAUCUAAAUGAAAAGUUACCCGUUUUUUGUCAUUUGUUUUGUCUUCUUUGUUUAGUUUUUUUUUUGAUUUUAUCAAUUUCACCACCAUGUCGGUAUUAAUGAUGUGUCAAUGAAACUGCCCCAUGUUGGGAACACUAGCUAAGUGAUGGCUUAUGGGAGAAGUAGAUCCCAGCGUCAUAAAUAAAGCUUCUUUUGUUUAGCUAAUUAUAUCAUCUCCAGUAAAGCUUGGUAUUCCUCUCUUUCUCUUUAUCUUAUCACUGGUUUUUACUAAUAAAUCAAAUUCCACCCUCAAGUGAGAUUAGUUGUUUAUGUAUAAACUGUAACACUUUUUUUCUUGAACCUAAUAAAUGAUUGAGACCCAG